AUGGGAGGGCACGAGAGGCUGGACCUUCCUCAGAAAGAGGUCGAUCUUAGAACGCAGCGUCUGGAGAUUCAUGCCCUUGUAGUGAGGAGCAGUCUGUCUCCAUUAGAGCUGAUCAUGUGUGGGCACGGCCCAGAUAACACAGCAAUGAAUGCAGCAUUUGCUGUUGGUCUUCUGUGUGAGAGUGGACAGAACAAGACCCUCAUUCUGAGAGAAGCUAAAGAGCAUGAGCUGGUUAGCAGACUGCAGGCUCUGCUAUCUACUACGUCAGGAGUUGAGAUGGAACAAACCGCAUGUUUUGGAAUGAGUUGCUUAGCAAACGGUGAAGAUGGUCAUGCUCUAUUGAUGGAGAGCACCUCAUGUACUGCUGUGCUGGAUGGUCUUUUACAACUGCUGCACAGUACAGACCCAGACACUGUCUGGUUUGCUGCUAUGACAGUAAGAGUGUUGGUGUCCCGGCCAAGGGGAGUGGUGCUAAUCAGAAUGCACUGUCCUCUACAAGCGCAGUUGAAGUUGCUCUCGAUGUCCUCAUCCACUGAGCCAGAACUGCAUGAGGAAGUCAUCAUGUGCCUCAGGAGACUGGAGUGUUUGCCCAAGCCAGCAUCAGUAACAGUUACAAACCUGUCAUCAACGGCCUGCACUGUAUCAUGGGACAAGUGUGAGCCUGAGAGCGGCCUGGAGGUCAUUUACAGUCUCUUUGACAGAGAUGUCAUGCUGUACCGUGGCCCAAUGUGUCAGGCGACCUUACCUGUUUCUACCAACCAAUCAAAGAAUUCCUUCUCUCUGCGCCACCACCUGUCUACACCUGAUGGUGACAUCAGUCCCUUCAGUGAAGCUGUGGAUGUUACUCUAGAGCAGCUGGAUGCCAAACUCAGACCUCCACGGGAGCUCAGUGUGAUUGGCUGCACAGCUACACAAGUACACCUACGCUGGUUAGAGCCGGAGGGAGAGAUCAAACCCAAAUCAUACCAAAUCUAUUGUAAUGACACACUUGUGAAGACCACUACUCUGCAAGGGGCUGUAGUGAGUGGUUUAUCUCCUAGUACCUCCUACCAGCUUAGCGUGAGUUCCCUCGGUCCAGGGGACGCACAGAGUCCUAGAGCAGGAUCUGAGGUGAGGACAGCGGACGAUCAGGAUCAUGCUCCAUCCAGUCUGACCAUAGCUGUCCUGGGACGUCACGAAAUACAGAUCAACUGGAGAGCUCCAGUCGUACCUUUAGGGAGACUCUUCAAAUAUGAGCUCAGUCUGAAUGGAUGUGUAACAUACCUGGGCACAGAGCGGGCAUACACUGCCCGCCGUUUGUCCGCUAACACAGCCUACACCUGCAUUAUAACAGCCAUUACCUCCAGGGGGCGCUGUCAGAGCAGACCAGUCACAAAGAAGACUGCUCGGGAUGAAUACCUGCACUCAAACAGGUAUUUGCAUUCCUCUACCCAUCAGACUCACUCAAAACCCCCCACUCCUUCUCCAAGCAGCCAAGAGAGGAGUGAGGUCAGAAAGAAGGCCACGAAUUCACCAGCUAUACUUGGACAUAAACCUACAGUUCACUCCAACACAGGCCAGCACAGAGCCUUUGACCUCAGAAAACACACACACAGGCGAUCAGCCGUCCAGAUGCAUAUUCCAAAAGGAAACAAAUCUUCCAAUCGCACAUCAAAGACUGACAAAGAGAGUCCAGCUGUUGUGUUUCCUGAGAGCUCUAAUGACCAUCUCAUGGUUUCUUACUGGGAACAAUCUGAUAGCACACAUCGGUCCCAGACCCAGUCGUCCACCCCAGGGGACCUCACACACCAGAAGGCCAUGAUCACCCCAGUCAGGCGGCUACAGCGGAGCUCAGGCAGAAAUGUUCCCAUUGACCGAGAAAAACUUCCAUGCAUCAGCAAACAAAUUUCUGAGGAUGUGAGAUUGCUCCAACCUGUCUCAUUCAGUUGGUCUAAUCUGGAAUGGACAAAGCAACAUCAAAACAAAGCACAAAGGGACAAAAAUAAAACCAUUUGGAAGGGCCAAUGUCAACAAAAACAAAGACAUGAACCAUCACACACCAAAACUCACAUAACAAAUGGAGGGUCUCUACAACACCACAACCCCCCAUAG